UUGUGGAGGAUUGUUUUGAUUUUAAUCAUUAUUUGAAGGAAAGCGCGUGUAGAACUGCUGGCAAAAAUAGUUACCUAUUUCACCUAAUUGCUACACUUACGAACAAGUAAGGAUGGAUUCGGCUCCGCGCAUCAAGCAAGAACCAAGUAUGGAUUCACCAUUCAUAGAGAAAAGUAGCAAACUAAUUAACAGUGUAACUAUGGACGCAACAGUGAAAACCGAGCGUCUACAAUCAUUCCGUGAACCACGGGAUCUUACUCUUGCCAAUGGGCGCACAACAAAACCUCCGGUAAACAAAAAAGUCUACACCCCAAAUUUGAACGCAGUGAGAAACAAAAAUACAGACGUGAAAACUGCAUCCACGGGUCCAAAAAGCAGAGUUAAGACUGAUCGCAAUAAAAACGAUAAAGACACUAGGAACAAAAAGGCAGCAAUGAUUCAAACAUCCGGUAUCUUUUCGGAUGGUUUGGCUCAACGUUGUCUGACCCGAGCAUCCAAGUCUGACAAAUCUAGUUCUUCGAAGGAGCCAGGAGAUUCAAUUCGAAAACCCGUUUUUGCCAAAGCGGACAACAAAAUUAAUGUGGAAGUUGAGCAUAAAUUGAUACAAAAUUUGUACAACGACAACGAUGAUGUUGCGGAACUGGAUACAAAAUUGGAAAAUGGAUUGAAAUUACCAGUAAAGCUAGAAAACUCUGACUACAAAAUCAAACCUCCAGAGGUUAAGGCGGAAAGCAUUGCUGAGUCCAAGUUGGAUCCGUCGAACUCGGUUGAAAACGUGCUAUCGGGCGAACAGACACACAAUAUUUUCCUUUUACAACUUCCCGAUGCAUUACCUGGGAAGUGCGACGGCGUUGACAAAGGUACACCAAACGGCAGUGAUAGUAAAUUGGAAGCCACAGCUAAUGGUGAAGAUGUGCCACAGUAUUGUACAGUGCGGGAUUUGGCCGAAGGUUAUAUUGGUAAAAUAAUUAGGUAUCGUUCAGGGAAAGUAAAAUUAAAGUUGGGAGACAUUAUGUUUGACAUCGACCUCGGUAUGGACACGGGAUUCUUGCAAGAGUUAGUUUCUAUCAAUACUAAUCAAGCGGAACGCAAUGGCAAUAUAAUUAACAUAAGCACUAUCAACGCAAAGCUAAACGCAUCCCCGGACUGGGAAUAUUUAUUCAAGAAUUCUACAUGAAAUAUACGGUUCUAGGCGGAUAUCUAA